UUGUUCGAGUACACUGGGGAGAGGUGGGUUCGGGCUUUGUGUAUGGGGUAUGGUAUAUGUUUACCUGUGAGUGAGACGGGCUGUGGCGAGCACAGACUAAGAGCUGGCGGCGGGCGGCGUCGGGCCGCUGUGCGCGUCUGGCCGCGCUUACCAAUCGACUGUAACUGCCGCUGCCGCCGCCGCCGCCGGGCUCUGCGCUUAUCGGCCGCGCCACAACUAUGCACUACUGCGAUAAUGAUUUGA